AUGGUCGUCGAUGUUUUGGACGGAUAUUUAUUUAUGUUCUUUAGUGCUUCCAUUAGCAUCGACGACAACAAAAACACUUAUGGUGAUGCCUUAAACUUACGAAAGUUGGAUUGGAGAGGAGGUGGGUUUGUUAUUGAUUACUUCUUAAUGGCUUUGUGGAGGGAGAUCAAGGAUAUAAAUUUUAUUAUCAGAUCUUUAAGACUUGACUUUAAUAUCGUGCAAAAAUUAAUUAAAGUUUCGCUAACUUAUCAAGCAGUUGAAUUAUGGGAAAAACUUUUCACUUAUAAUUAA